GUCUCCCCCACCAGGUGAAAGGAAUCCGCCCAGUUUGUCCUCACGUUGAGGAAACCUCACACGCUGCUCAUUUCAUCAACUACCCUCGCCAGUGGCGGGUGCUAGAGGAGGUGAAUCCACGCAGCUAUCAAUCGCUACCUGUUUCUAAUGUGUAUGAUUAUUAUUAUGUUGUGCGGCUGUACUCUUUUCGAACACGUGUUGUUGUUGUUAUUGUUAUUGUGAUAAUACAAAAAGAGAACAAAGACGACACAGACGCGUUAGUUCGCGUCUUGAUUCAACUGACACCACGGCGUCUCCGGCAGCCAUGACGCAGCACAGUGACGCGUCUAGCGAUCGUUCUGAGGUGUCCGUAACACCUCCGCCACCGGUUUCAAAAAUGCUCGAAUUCGCAAGUCAACAAAACCUAAGCUUUUUUAAUUUAGAGCACCGUAACAUGUUGGCAGCUCCAUUGGCGGCACUCCAUUCGAUGACCGAAAUGAAAGCGGCUCAUCAACAGCAACAAGCUCAGAUGGUCACCAACGAUCAUCAGCUUCAUCAUGAGAAACACCACGACGUAUCUGCGGCUGACGUCUUGCUGGAGCGUACAAGUCUUCACGUAGAACGAUCCGGCUUGACGUCCCGCAGCCCAUUGGGCGCAACACCGAGCAAUAGCGCGGCACAAGGUGCAAAUCCACAUGGCAUAGACCACAUACUUUCUAGGCCGUCGCAAGUCACGACAGGCAAUCUCAAUUUUCCGCAUAGUCUCAGCUUUUCUCAAAAUCCACUUAGCAUGACUUCAAACAGUUCACAUGCCGCGACCAAUUCCGGUCUUCAAAGAUUCAAUAUUGCCGCCGCUGCCUUUUUCCACCAUCAUGCCGCCAGCUCUGUAAAUAAAUCGGUCGACCUAGGAAGAAGCUCAGGAGGAAUUUACUGGCCAGGAUUUCAAGGACUUGUUUCCAAUCCGAUCGCCUGGAGGGAAAGACUUAGCCUAAAUUCAAGUAAAAACGCUUAUUUUGAUUUUGUGAAUCAAGGAAGUUUAGGAGGUGUUGGACCUGAAAAGGAUGCAAAAAAGAAGCACACGAGGCCUACGUUUUCUGGUCAACAAAUUUUUGCCCUUGAAAAAACCUUCGAACAGACGAAAUAUUUAGCAGGUCCUGAACGAGCGAAGCUUGCCUACGCACUAGGAAUGACGGAGUCACAAGUAAAGGUUUGGUUCCAAAAUAGAAGAACAAAAUGGCGAAAGAAGCAUGCGGCUGAAAUGGCAACAGCCAAGCGGAAACAGGAGGUGUUGGAUAACCAAACUGACGAAAACAGUGACGUAAUUUCCGAUGUGGAAGAGGAACACGCAGCCAAAAGACAGAACAUUCAGUGAAGUAUUAGUUAUGUAAAUACAUUUAUGUAAAUACGGUUUAGUGAUGAUCUCCAUGAUUUCGUGAACUUCUUCACCCUAAAAGUGAACAGUGAAGUUCAAUUGUACAAAUGUUAUAUAUACACCUUAUAAAUAAAUGUAUACGUAUGCUAUCAUGUAAGAUUCUAGAAGACGCUGUCGCCACAACGUAAUAUCGUACAUUUAUGUAGCGGCUCACUAGAUUACAAUGGCAACUUACAUAAACUCCUUGUUUAACUCCAGCCCAUUUCAACCGGAAAUAAUAGUGAUUUUUUAAUGGAUUAUAAAACUUGCGUAGCAGGUAUUGAGAAUCGCGAAUUCAUUGUAAUCAAGUAGCCGUGGAAGAAUGAAUUUUAAUUGAAUAAAAACGUACUUAAGGGCCCAUUUUGAGCGAUGUAUAUGCUAAAUAACUGCAUAAUAGACGAAAACAGAAAAGACAAAAAUCACCGAUUAAUUUCAAAAUAAAAUAUCUUCAAUAACAGUAUUAGUGCGCACAUACCGAUAUAGGGAUACCGAAAUUGUGUUAUCCCCAAUAACCUUAUUCAGGAUCAGUUACCUAGAAACUGUAAUUUAACAACAGCGGCUCAUCAGACGAGGGAAAAACUUUUUCACGAACUAUUAUUAUGAACUGUAAUUAGUAAUGAUUAAAUCAAUAGUUUUAUAGCAAUUUUGUUCUGUAAAAUGCCAAAACAAUGUUAUCCUUACUUGCCUUUAUCAGGUGUUUAUUAUAAAAUAAAUGUUAAAUAUUUGAAGUUACUUACAAGCAUCACCAAAGAUAGGUUAAGUAAAAUUCUGUGACAUAUG